CUGAUAUUGUCCAGGCGUGGAGCGCGAGAUGCGUGUCAUGUAUCAACAACCUCAUCUGGUUCCGCCCAUGAAGCUUACAGUCUUCGAUGAUCUGCCUCCCACCCCUACUCCGCCACCACCUUCUCAAUUGUCACAAUGGGUCUCGCAAGGCAAGGCUAGCCUCAGAUCGAGCCUGUCAACGCGCAGACAUGUCGCCUCAAGACCUUCCAUAUCCAUAUCCAGUCCGCGCCCGUCAAUGCCUGCCGAUCAACUACCAUUCCGACGCGCAGCGCAGGAGUUCCGACCCCUUGAGCUCAGUAUUUACAUGCCCAACAAUCGGCUAUCAGACCUCCCUGAAUUCGAUCGCCUAAGCUUCACAGAAGCCGGAGAAAUCAGAUUACCGCCUCGAGCCUUGGUGAGGACUCAGUCAGAGCAAUUCGCUCCCCAUAAGGUGUCCAUGCUGCCUGCUCCGAUCAAGCCAGCAUCAAUGUUCGAGCAACGUCGACUCUUGCCUACGCGUCCGGAUACAUCGUCAACUGUGAUAUCAACAUCCCGACCUCCUUCAGAGUACGAUGCCCUUCAUUCUCAUCCGGUGUCAUGGGCAUCUCUACCUGGUCUCCCGCCUCCAGCUCACGUACCAGGACGCACAGAGCCUCCUUCCGUCGCGAUUCUCACGCCAAUGCAGGAAGAGUUCAGUCCGCCUGUUACCUCGGUCACCAUCGAUGGAGUGGCCCUUGAAUUCCCCAAGCACGUCGAACAAACAGCGAUUUCCACCACUGCAAUGGACAUGUCCCCGUCGCCACAUGCGCCCGCUCCAUCUGUACCUAUUGCACCAACUAGGAACUUCUCCAAGCCGACCGAAGCAAAUCCGGCUGCCACCUAUUUCCAUCCUAAUUAUCAGACCCAAAAGCGGAUCUCUCAAUGGCUGAGUCACCGAAAAUCAUCCUCGAUCAGUACCACGAAGUCAUCAUCAACCUCAUCAUCUUUCGCGGAACAUCGCCGCAAACGAUCUCAAUUUUACCAGUUAUCCGCAGCACCACCCAAAUCAUUGAGCUUAUCGCCGGCGCCUCAUCAGCAUCAAAGAACGAUGACAAACUCAACUGUGGCCAGUACUGUUGAGAUUGAUAACCUGUCAUUCGAAUACGAGAAUCAGACGAACACCAGUGUUACUACGGCGGAUUCACAAAGUCGAACCAGUACUGUCAAGAACACCUCAAAGCCUUUGAGGACAAUCACAAGUGGCGUUCCGGACAUCCCACCAUCUUAUAGCCAAAUUAUCGAGGGUGGCGAUGAUAUCGUCAUCAAAGAGAUUGGUGGCCCGCUCAGAAGUCCCGGUGUUGGUGUUGCCUUCUGAGACUGACCGAGGAAACCCUGUUGAGCUGGACAAGUCCUUUUGUUUAUUGAUACCCUUUAUCCAGAUAUCUGGUCCCAUGGACGCGAGAUAUCAUAUUUCUAAUGGGCAGCGCUCAUUUGGAGCUAUGGAAUGACCAGAAAGUGCUCUUUGUGCUAAAAAGCUUGGAGGCAUACACUCGUUUAUUUGUCCUUUAACUCAGGCAUCAGACCUUUGAGACUUGACUUCGAGAUACCCAGUCGUUUGGUGGCUUUGUACUUUGUCAGAACGGUUGCUUGGGAAUGGGAAAAGGAGAUGAUCAUUGUACAGGAGGCCGGACGGUCGAAGGAGAUAGAUCAUUGCAGGGCAAUUCUAAUACGA